GUGGGUGAUACGGGUGCGAUUCGUUUGUCGCACUGGUUUGUCGUGUGAUUUUAUUGAAUUUUCGGGUAGUGAAAGACAUCAUUGCGGCUGUGUAGAAAAGGUGAAUAAUCGUAGAUCAUUCCCAUGAGCUUUGAAAAGGGGCAAUAUCGGUACAGACACAGGAUUCGAAGCUUUCUUUGAGGCAACGGAGCAAGGCUGAAAUUCUGAAGGACAAACUACUAGGAUUCUAGGCGACGCCGGCCGCCUAUCCGAUCCUUGAUUCUUCUCGGAGUCUCGGCACAGCGGUGAACGAGGGUCGAAGGUCGAAAACAUAAAAGUUCUGAUAAUAAGUAUCGCUCUAGUACAGUAUUCAGUGGCAGUACGUACGAAAAAAGCAAAAAAAAGCAAAAAAAAAAAAAAAAAAAAAUCAAACAGUUGAAAAGUUUUCAUUAGUUUGUGUUGUGAUCGAGUCAGAAGUUAAAACUAAUUAAUAAACAAGUUCGAAAGUUGGAAAACAAAGUUACGAGAUGGUUUAACAACAAAAAGUACACCUUGUAUAUGUGAUAAAGUUCAUCAGUUUGAGUAAAGAGUUUAAGUACAAAACAAAAAGUUGCGACGUACGUGAUUCUCUGGUACAAAAUGUCCGAUGCGACAUGGAGUGUGAAUUUCCUACUCAAGAGCCAGUCGCCAUGGGCUAGUUUCGAUACAGGCUAGUUUAGUUCACCAUGUCAGACUCUGGAUCGGACAGUUCCUUGGAGGAGGAUUACAGCAAUCGUCGAGGGCGUGCAAUGACUCCCGAUGGAUCAAUUUCCUCACAGUCCGCUCCGCAGUCACCUUCUGAUCAUUCCGGUCCGAAAUCACCGGCAAGUUUUUUAUCAUCAAGAGGAAAGUCUCCUAGCUCCGUACAUUCGGGCCCCACAUCUUUGAAAUCACCUAAGUCGGGUCCUACUUCUCCAAAAUCGCAUCAGUCAGGUCCUGCCUCUCCAAAAUCGCCAAGGUCUGAUCUAGGCUCGCCAAGGUCCAGCAGAAGCUCACAAAAAUCCACUCCACUUUCUCCAAAGUCUUAUCGCUCAGAACAUAACUCUCCCGAGUCUCCAAGAUCGGACCGGAGCUCUCCAAGGUCCCCUGUACAAUCUGCUAGAUCUUUUCAAUCUGGUCCUGCAUCGCCAAAGUCUCCGAGAUCUCACCCAGCUUCACCAGUGGCUAAUAUUGACUCUCCAAAGUCUUUUGAUUCAGCUGAAUAUGCACCGAAGUCUCCACCAUCUAUAAACAGCUCUCCUAAAAGUCCCGGAUCAAACGGUACCUCGCUAAAGUCGCCCAAGUCACCGUUGUACGGACGUCAUUCUAAAAAUUUAAAAUCGACAUCGAAUUCGUAUACAGAUAAUCGUGAGUUUUCUAAAUCAUCCGAAAAGCAUUCUCCUAUGUCAUCACCAUCUUCAAAAACAAACGCGUUCACCGUACUCGAUGGAGAACAGAUUUCUGACGGAGAUAUAGAUGACGAGCCUGAACCGCUGCCAAAAUCAAAGCCAACUCCUAUGACACAUGGAGAAGAUUUAUCAGACGUAUCAGAUCUUGAUAGCAUGGAUGGCGUUGACGAACCUGAACCAGAGGACCAACGAGUGAAUGAUGAUAAAAAAGAAGAGAAAAACGUUCCAGUGACUCUUGUUGAGGAAAGUGAACAGCUCGACUUUGAAGCAGAUGGUCAAUGGAAAGACGAGCGUGACGAUGGUGAGACUGAUACAGUAAUGGCGAAAGAAAGUAAGGAACUGAAGGAAAAGGAUUUAAAAGAAAAAGAGAAAGAGAAGGAAAAAGAAAAAGAAAAGGAAAAAGAGAAAGUUAAAGAAUCUGGAGAAAUUAAUGACGUCGAGGAAGGAGAGGAGGAUGGAGAAGAGAAGGAGGAAUCUGAGUUGGAGGAGGGUGAGUUAAGUGACGGGGACGAUGCUCGUCCUGAAGAAACAGAACCACGACCUGUCUGUCGCUUUUACAACAGAGGACAGUGCACAUGGGGUGUGAGCUGCAGAUUCCUCCAUCCUGGAGUAACUGACAAGGGAAAUUAUACUAUGUUUGAUAUGGUAAGACCCAUGGCUUAUCCGCCACAUGCUUCAGGUCCUCAUGAGUUUAGACCGCACAUCGAAAGGCCACCACUACUGCGUGCACCUCCCGGUUUUGGGGCACAUCCACAUGCUCCGAAAAUUGAAGACCCUCCAGCCGAAUCUGCCUGGGAACGAGGUUUAAGGCAUGCCAAAGAGAUGAUGAGGAAGGCCAAUAAACGCAAAGAAACUGACAUGGAUUUCGAAGAAAAGAAGAUGAAUUUGAGCCUGGGGCAAGAGGAGUUGGAUCGGGAAGCAGGUUAUUAUGUUAGAGCCGCUAGCCCUGAACCACCACCAGAGCGCUGGCCCGCCAGAGAAGUGCCUAGGCGAGGCCCUCCUCCUAGAACUACCCCAGAACGUUACGUGGAUGAACCUGAGGGCUAUUAUCCACCGCCCACAGCACCCCCAGAGUAUUAUAGGCGAGUACAUUACAAACCGGAGCCUCGUCCUGGUCCUGAAUAUAGAGAGCGCAUAGAAUAUCAUGCUCCGCCGCCAAGGGUUGCGCCGCAUUCUGUUUCACCACCUCCUCAUCCAAGAGAGAGAGAACGAGACAGGGAAAGGGAACGAGACAGGGAGCGUGAAUACUACGAAAAGUAUGAAAAGAAGCACAAGCGUCCUUCGAGAGAAGUCAUUGUCGAACGUAUACCACCUAACAAACCUUGGAGGGAAGAAGAACCACCUCCUACAGAAAGAGGUAGAGGAGAUGAGUGGGCAGACCCAUGGAUGCGACAUAAAUCACCGUCCGCUGUACGCCGCAAUCCCACAGCUCCCAGGAGACCCAGAAGACAGUCUUACUCUUCAGGAUCAUCAUACUCAUCCACAAGCUCUAGCCGUAGCUCGAGUCGCUCUAGCUACAGCUCUUAUGACUCCCUGUCCAGGUCCCGAUCUCCUUCCCCUCCCUCUAGGUCCCGCCCUGGCGGUAAGGGGGGGAAGCCUCCUACGUCACCUUUAUCUUCCACCCCUGCACCUGUGACAACGCAACCUCAACGAGGUGCCAUGCUGAUGAAUCCACCAGCACCGUCACCAAGACCACCGAAGGGAUCUAUCUCUCCUACGACUGGUACCCUGCACCGGCGGGCAGGGCUAAACCCACCAGCUCCGAGCCCUCUUUCCUCUCAUCAACGACACCACGAAAAAGCAAGAGACAAGGCUGCCAUCGCCGCAGCUGCUGUGGCUAAAGUUAUAAAGAGUCGCUCACGUUCAAGAUCAUCGCAUAGCACUUCCGGCUCAGACAGCAGCGGUAGUAGCAGCGAUUCAAGCGAAUCCAGUUACUCAUCAUCGUCCAGCGGCACUCGCAGACGAAAGGGAUCGUCGCCUCCCCAGAAUCGUAAAGAAUCCAAAGGGAUGGACAAUCUCAAGUUGAGCGGAACCAAGCAGCCAGUGAAGCUUACUUUGAAACCGUCGAACAACGCUUUGCCGGUUAAAAAAAUCGAGCGCAGUGCUACGAUUGCUGGCAAAAAGAGGCCAAUGGAAUCGCCACCUCAACACGUUGACAGUAAAGCCAGUGCUGCAGCAGCUGCUGCUAAAGCUGCUAAAAAAGCAAGUUCUCGGCGUGAAGAAUUAUUGAAACAGCUCAAGGCUGUCGAAGAUGCGAUUGCUCGUAAACGUUCUAAAGUAUGACCAAAUCGCUGUCGACUCAGGGAAUAUGUACGUUAGUUUUUGACGUUGCAUAAUUAGUUGUUAUCACAAACAUGAUGAUGUUAUACAUAUAGUAGGCGGAUGAUUACAUACAUAGAAAAUAAUUAAAUAAAGAAUAAUAAUAACUGUUUUUAAAUCAACAUUCGUUUCGCUAACUGCCGUGUAAUGAGGUGACGCUACGAGAUUUGACUUUUUUUCUUCGAUCACUCGGCUUUCUCACUUCGCCUAUAUUUGCAACAUGCGGCUUGAACAGUCAGCGCUUAUUACUUGUCUCAGUGAAAUUUCUUAGAAUAUCAAGUUUGCUUAAACUACAUAAGGAAGAAAAAAUCUGACAGGAAAUCAGGAAAUAUUGAACCCAAAUAUGUGUAUCGAUUCACGGUUUUACAAAAUUCACUCCGAAAUAAUACAAAAGUAGUGCAACGUCGGUUGAUAUUCCGUAUUAUCUACGAUUUACUCUAUGCCUACUUGUAAAAGUCCUCUGGCUUUACUUUCAAUAAAUCGGUAUAUGUAAGGUGCCAAAUAAAACCAUAAUUUUGACAACUA